CAUUUUACAAAAACAAAUCAUUGCCACUGGCUGCAUUAUUAAAAAUUUACUCUUAGCUUGACGGUUCAGUGCUUACUGCUUCACCAUUUCUCAUCAAAUCAAUUUUAAAAGAUUAUAAACGAUUGAUAUUUCAUAUUAAUUUUCUAAGUGGUGUGAACCGCGUUGUGGUAUCAAAUUUUAAUUUCAGUCUUACAGUCUAAUAAAAUAUUAUCAUCAUGGGCGACUGGAAUACAGUAACAAUAUUGAGAAAAAGGCCACCAAAGCCUUCAACCAUGAAAUCGGAACAGGCUAUAAACAAAGCUAGACGUGAGGGUGCAGUUAUUGAUACUCAAGUGAAAUGGGGUGCAGCUACUAAUAAACAUCAAGUUACAACUAAAAAUACUGCAAAAUUGGAUCGUGAAACUGAGGAAUUAAAACAUGAAAAAGUGCCAAUUGAUUUAGGCCGUCUUAUACAACAAGGGCGACAAGCUAAAGGUUAUAAUCAAAAAGAGCUGGCUACUAAAGUUAAUGAGAAACCACAAGUAAUUCAAGAUUAUGAAGCUGGACGUGGAAUACCCAAUCAAUUAGUCAUUGGAAAAAUUGAAAAAGUGCUUUGUAUAAAAUUAAGAGGAAAAGAUCGUGGCCAAGCACUUCUGCCCCCUAGCACCAAGAAGUGACGGGCUUGGGGGAGUAUUAACUCAAAAGUCACUAAUUUCACAUGAAAUACUAUUAUUUAUGCUUUAAAUAAAA